CAUUAUAAAGCCCUGCUGGGCACUGCUGGACAUCUCUUUCAACGUCUGUGAACUGCUGGCUCUCUGCUUGAUCUUCUGGAGAUGCAGCGUCUGUUGACUCCAGUGAAGCGCAUCCUGCAGCUGACAAGAGUGAUGCAGGAAGCCUCCCUCACACCUGCUCGCCUGCUCCCAGCAGCCCACCAAAGGUUUUCUACAGUCUCUGCUGUCCCCCUGGCCAAAACAGAUACUUGGCCAAAGGACGUGGGCAUCCUGGCCCUGGAAGUCUACUUCCCAGCCCAAUAUGUGGACCAAACUGACCUGGAGAAGUAUAACAAUGUGGAAGCAGGAAAGUAUACAGUGGGCUUGGGUCAGACCCAUAUGGGUUUCUGCUCAGUCCAAGAGGAUAUCAACUCCCUGUGCCUGACAGUGGUGCAACGGCUGAUGGAACGCAUGCAGCUCCCUUGGGACUCCGUGGGCCGGCUGGAAGUGGGCACUGAGACCAUCAUUGACAAGUCCAAAGCCGUCAAAACAGUGCUCAUGGAACUCUUCCAGGAUUCGGGCAAUACUGAUAUUGAGGGGAUAGAUACCACCAAUGCCUGCUAUGGUGGUACUGCCUCCCUCUUCAAUGCUGCCAACUGGAUGGAAUCCAGUGCCUGGGAUGGUCGCUAUGCGAUGGUGGUCUGUGGAGACAUCGCCGUCUAUCCCAGUGGUAAUGUUCGUCCCACAGGUGGGGCCGGAGCUGUGGCCAUGCUGAUUGGGCCCAAGGCCCCUCUGGCCCUGGAGCAAGGGCUGAGGGGAACCCAUAUGGAGAAUGUGUAUGACUUCUACAAACCAAAUUUGGCCUCGGAGUACCCAAUGGUGGAUGGAAAGCUCUCCAUCCAGUGCUACCUGCGGGCCUUGGACCGAUGUUACGCAGCAUACCGUCAAAAAAUCCAGAAUCAGUGGAAGCAAGCUGGCAAUGAUCGACCCUUCACCCUUGACGAUUUACAGUACAUGAUCUUUCACACACCCUUUUGCAAGAUGGUCCAGAAGUCUCUGGCUCGCCUGAUGUUCAAUGACUUCUUGUCAGCCAGCAGGGACACACAGAGCAGCUUAUAUAAGGGGCUGGAGGAUUUCAGGGGCCUAAAGCUGGAAGACACCUACAACAACAAGGACCUGGAUAAAGCACUUGUAAAGGCCUCUCAGGACAUGUUCAACAAGAAAACAAAGGCGUCUCUGUACCUCUCCACGCACAAUGGGAAUAUGUAUACCUCAUCCCUGUACGGGUGUCUGGCCUCGCUUCUGUCCCACCACUCUGCCCAAGAGCUGGCUGGUUCCAGGAUUGGUGCCUUCUCUUAUGGCUCUGGUUUAGCAGCAAGUUUCUUUUCAUUUCGAGUAUCCCAAGAUGCUUCUCCAGGCUCUCCCUUGGACAAGUUGGUGUCCAGCACAUCAGACCUGCCAAAACGCCUGGCCUCCCGAAAGCGUGUGUCUGCUGAGGAGUUCACAGAAGUAAUGAACCAAAGAGAGCAAUUCUACCAUAAGGUGAACUACUCCCCACCUGGUGACACAAGCAGCCUUUUCCCCGGUACCUGGUACCUGGAGCGGGUGGACGAGCUGCACCGCCGAACGUAUGCCCGGCGUCCCGUUUAAACAUGUUCUGCAGAUCCGUGGAAAGGUUCCUGGGAAACGUAUGCUAGCAAAGCUCUGCUCGUGCGUCAUAUUUUUAAGAUCUCACUCUUAGCUGGUAGAUGAAUUUGAAUCGACAUAGCAGCCCGAUAAGCAUCAGCCUUGUAGAGUGAGGAGCCAUCCCUAGUGGCCCUUCAUUCCUUUCCCUGCUGUGAUCACUGUCCUGGGCUUAUAGUGCUACGGACUAGGGGUCCUUUGUGAAAGAGCAAGGUGGAGCAAUGGAGAGAAGUCGUCUUCCUGAAUCACUGGCCUCCAGAAAUGUGCAGCUCAGCUGUUGCCUUCAAGAUCCAGAUAAACUUUCCUGUCACGUGUUAUAACUUUAUUAUUACUAAUAUUAUUAAAUUUCUGUGCUAUUAUAUCUCUGUUCAUUUCUUACGGCUUUCUGUGAAUCUCCAAAUUUUGUGUCUCGUUCUAAGCAAAUGUAUGGCAAUUAAAAAGAGAGAAAGAGGAAA